GGGAAAAUGUGGGGCGGGGCGUCAGAACGCUAAGCACUUUAGUGAUACUUUGCCUGGUAUUUUAAGUAUUGUAGGUAUCGUUACAGUGCUACACGGCAAAUAAGCACAGUAUCUGGAUCUUUACACAGAAUUUACGAUCAAAAGCGACACAGAAGCUGUACUAACGGACGAGACCUGUUAGCUGUAAAGUCUUGUAUCUGCUAACCUGCUACGCCUACGUCAAUCCCGACUCUUGCUGUAAAUGCACCCAGGAAGCCACUCCCGAAUUACAUUUCUUAUGUAGUAAACCUAGCUUUGAAAGGCACUCCUACAUUACAUUUCUUAUUUAGUAAGCACAGCUUUGAAAUGAUUAUGUUGACUAAGCUAACUUGCUAGCACCACACGCAGCACUGCUGCAUAUUUAACGAUGUCUUUUUAAAAAGUUAACUUUAUAAGCUAGCGAGGCAAGAAAGGUUGAUGUUUGCAGUUGUUGGUGAACUCCGCUAAAUUUAUUAUCUAAGACGAUUUAUCAUUGGCCAAGAACAGCAUCAGGUGUAGCUGAGUCUCAUCGCAGCAAUGGGAAACUCAAACUGUAGGAAUCUGGGGAUCCCCCUGCCAAAAGGGCCCAACGCAGUGGGAUGUUCAGAUUUCAUGAUGGAUCAUACUUUAGGGCAGACGAGGAUGCUGAAAGACCAGAAUGGAUCCCACGCAAAGAGUAUCUCUAUGGGCUUGCAGACUUCAUGAAAUUCAACAGAAACCUGAGUGAAAAGAUUUUUAAUUACCUGUUUGGUUCUUUUAAGAUACCUGCUGCCAUGAAUGCCCCUUAUAAACAGAAUGGGAAGUGUCCAGUAAUUAUCUUCUCUCACGGACUUGGAGCUUUCAGAACUCUAUAUUCAGCCAUUGGUGUAGAACUGGCCUCACAGGGCUUCAUAGUUGCAGCAGUGGAACACAGGGAUGAAUCGGCUUCUGCAACAUUCUUCUAUGAAAAGACUGAAGAGAUGGGCGAGAAAAAGAAAGCAUCUACAUCGACACCUAAACCCAAUCCUACAGCUCCAGACCACUUGGCAGAAAAAUGGAUGUACUAUAGAGCUCUAAAACCAGGCGAGGCUGAAUUCCCUCUUAGGAAUUCACAGGUGAAAAAGCGGGCGGAUGAAUGCAUAGCGGCAUUGGAAAGACUCAUUGAAAUUAACUCAGGAAAAAAAAUGGAGAAUGUGCUUCAGACAAAGUUUGACUGGACUACUUUGGAGAACUCUAUGGACUUGUGCCGGAUAGCAGUGAUGGGCCAUUCUUUUGGUGGAGCAACUGUGAUCGAAGCACUCUGCAAAGAGGUGAAAUUCAAGUGUGGCAUUGCCCUGGACGCAUGGAUGUUCCCACUGGAUGAUGAGAUCUAUGUCCGGGUAAAGCAGCCCGUCUUCUUCAUUAACUCUGAGAAGUUCCAGUGGGCUGGGAACAUCAUGCGCAUGAGGAAACUGGAAUCCUCUUCCACCUCAAUGCAUAGGAAAAUGAUCACCAUCAUGGGAACUGUUCACCAGAGCUUCCCUGAUUUCACCUUCCUGACUGGCAGCUGGAUUGGGAAAAUCCUGAAACUGAAAGGGGAGAUUGAUCCUCAGGUUGGCAUUGAUCUCUGCAAUAAAGCAUCGCUUGCAUUCUUGCAGCGGCAUCUUGGCAUUGAAAAAGACUUCAAUCAAUGGGACCAUCUAAUAGAGGGCAAGGAUGUCAACCUCAUUCCAGGCACUAAUGUUAAAGAAAUAUCUUAGUUGAGUUUUGUACGAAAUAUGGACCUUACUCAGAAGGUUGUAGGAUUUCUAGUAAAUUUCACUAGGUCAACUCAGGGUGCCCAUGUAUCUGGCACAGAGCCUUAAAUGUUGUUUAAUCAUGGACUUCUACAAGUCUUACAAUUUCUGAAUUACCAGGAAAUAUAUUGAAAGUUCUUGGAAUUUUUCAGUCCUAACCAGCAGUACAAAGAUAGGAUUGUGUAGAUGUUUAUAUUUGAAGUUAUUCAGGAUUAACAGGUAUUUGUAUGGAUAUAGAAAAGCUAAAUAAUGAUUUUACCUGAGGAAAUUACAGGUUUUACAUUUUGAUUACCAAUCUUUGGAAAUAUCUUCCAAUGUCAUUGUUAACUUGAUUACUGAUUGUUAUUCAGUUUAGGUUGAUUUCACAUAAUACAAAUUUACAUAAUUUUGUAACAUUAUUUUGCAAAAUUGCAUAAAUAAUGAAAUUAAUAACACUAACACCCAAGUAAAGGAAAGAUCCUUUAGUUUCUUGAUUCCUUUCAACCCGAUUUAUUAAUAUGCUAUUGCAACCUACAGUAGCCUAGCUGUUUUGUCCAUUCUUCUGAGUGGAUUAUGUAAGGUACUGAGUGAUUAAUUCACUGAAGGCGUUUUCUCAUCGAGUUCUCUAUAUUAGAUCUCAUUACUCAUUUGAAGUAAACAUAGAAAAAAGAGUCAUUGUAUUCACACUGCUCUUGCCCUUGAAUGAGGACAAUGCUUUUUUGCCAUUUUGUUUUGAAACUGUUGUAGUCAGCCCUCUUUUCCUUUAUGUUGCUGUCAUUGAGAAAUAACCAGUAUUAUUUUCCUACAUUCACUCAUUCCACUAUGGGAAAAUGCAAUGCAAGGCAAGCCAUGAGCUAGGGAUGAAACUAUUUACAUUUUGGAAGCUAAUGGUUUGCCUCUAGUUAGCACAUGCUGUGCUAAUAGCACAUGUAGUACCAGUCAAAUACACAGAAUAUUUUGCACAGCAGUUGUACCAUCAACUUGCACCAAGCCACUCUAAAUCUAAAACUAAAUUGAAAAUAUGUAGAUGAUCAUAAACUAUACAUUUCUACAUGUUGCUGAUCUUUUCUGGCCGACAAAUCAGAAUCAGUGUUGCCCCUUUGAAUUUCAAAAUUCCAAUGUGACCCUCAACCACAACCUUGCUAGUGAGGGGGACUAAGACACUAGUAACCUAGUGUUGGAAUAUUGAUGAGCUAACCUGGUGAGCUGUGUGUUGAACUAAAAGACCAUUGUGUUCUAGAGUAGUAAGAGGAAAAGCAACAUUCGAAGGGUUUCAUGCAAUGAUCAAACUCAAUAUUUGAGCACCUUGCUCCUGCCACCACUGGUCUCUUCACCGGCCAACCUCUAAAUAGGGCAUCUCCCACUCAGUCCAGGUGUUGUCUUUUAAGUAUUGCUUGCAAAAAAUAUUUUCCUAGCACUCACUUUGCUGAUAGCUAGUUAAUUUAGUAGUGUACUGUUUUCAACUGGUUGUACGAUCCCACCUAGCUGUUAUAAGAAUGGACAAAAUGCACAUCGCUCUGGGUAAGUGUCUGGCCACUUAGCACUAGGUUAUAAAAAAAUAUAUAUUCUAAAGGGACCAAGUGUGAAAACCCAUUGAACCUGUCCAAAGAGAAUUGCAAAAUAUUAUCAACAGAAAGCUGAAAUGAGCUUGUGCCCUAAGGAGUGCAACAAUUAAUCAUUCAUGUAACACAUUUUCUAUACUUUGUUUUUGAAUCUAUUAUUCAGUCUGAAAUGUCUACACUACUGUAAUUCAAUGCAUUUGAUUAUGUACAAUUAUAAAUGAUUUUCUGUA